AUGCUACGGCUGGCUUUGUCUUCUGCCUGGCAGCGGGCGCUAUCUCCAAACCUAGACAUUCUGUUCUGCAACCGCUCUUCUUUGAAAAACAUGGUGACUCGUUUCUCGACACCUGAGAGGGCUCACAGCUAUUCAUCCCUUACACCGCAUGGCGAGUCUCCACCAACUUUGGCAGGCGUUUCGUUGCGCCUAAUGCCAUUAGGCGGAUCGAUCACGCAAGGCGUUGGAUCGUCGGAUCUAAACGGCUAUAGAAAAUCCCUUUUAGAGCUGCUCCAGUCCUGCGACUGUGAUAUCCGCAUGGUGGGAUCACGAAAGACGGGCUCUAUGGAAGCUAACGACCAUGAGGGGUGGCGUGGGUUCCGAAUCGAUGAGAUUGAGAAAAAAGCCAAAAAGUCGGUCGCAAAGCUCAAGCCAAACAUCUUCACGGUCAAUGCUGGGUCCAAUGACUGCCUGCAGAGCUUUGAAAUUGAAGCUUUCGGGAAACGCACAAGUGACCUGCUUGAAUAUCUCUGGCUAGCGUCUCCCCAGUCAACCGUUAUCCUAUCGACUCUGGUGAUCAAUGCGGACCAAAGAGUCGACUCACGGGUUUUACGCGUCAAUGACCAAAUUCGGGCCUUGAUUGAGCAGAAGUCAGCCAGUCAGAAGAGGGUUGUGCUUGCGGACAUGUAUACUGGAGAAGGACCUGAGAUUCAUGAUCUUGUCGAUGGCACGCACCCUGGCGAUGUGGGAUACAAGAAGAUGGCCUGGAUUUGGUUCAAUAGCAUUCAAGAGGCUGCGGUGAAGGGUUUCCUUCAAGAGCCUGAGAACUAG